CGUAAAAAGCUUAAAGUUUUAGAAGACGCGCUUCGAACCGCGUCGCGCUUAUUUCAGACGCGAAGAGCCGUGAGAGCUUCCCGUUGCAAUGCAACUUCAACGCUGUCAACACGACCUCCUCUCUUCUCCAGAUCGAGAAAGCCUAGUGUUGUGCUGUUUCAAACCAUCUUCACGCCUCCAGAAUGACGGGCGGUCUUGCAAAGCCUAGGGUCGCCAAAACCCCUAGGACAACAGCGCUGAGGUGACCUAUCCCAAGCAUCACUGGAAAACAAACGCCUAACCAUAUGACAGUUACGAGUUACCCCACCGCAUACACACAGCGAGGGUCUACCCCGUCAAAUCCUCAAAUGGGUCAACUAUUAUCUUAUACGGACAUGAACAUGGCGUGCGUGUUGUUUGGAGAGGUGGCAGGCCGUUCAAGCAAACUCCACCACCAUCAACACAGCCACCAAAGACGAAUGGGGAUACGGCGAUGAUAUCACUUGAUUCUGAUGACGAGGAUGAGAAGUUCGAAGACAAGCCCGAAUUUGAGGACGAAGAAGACGAGCUGGAUCCUCUCAACCCAUACCCCAACAUAAUACAAUCACUGGACUUACAUUUCGGGAUCGACGUGCUCCAGCUCGCCAUCCUACCAAAAUUCACUUUGACUGCCGAAGGAUCCAAGUCUCGUGGCAUCGAACCUUUGAAGAAGAAGAUUGUCUUUACUGCGGCUUGCGCCGAUAAUUCGCUCAAAUUUGUUACUCUUCCACUUACACCGCCCUCUCCAUUGAGCAAGAACCGUGAAGAGUUUCGAAAGUGUCCGGCAGACGCAUAUGCAGGCAAAGGGAAUUGGGGAGAAACAAUUACGAAUUUGACGAGCCACGAGAAGCCAUCGGAUGGUGUUUCUAUGACGGUUGACUUGAAUAGUGCUAAUACGAGCCAAACAAAAUCGGCAGCCCAAAUCAUUAUUGCUUCGAGCUCUGGCGAACUAACAGGAUUACUAAGAUUCUAUAGAGUAUCGAUCAAGGCUCCGCAGAAUAGCGCGGAUCCAUUCCAGAAGAUCAACCUUGCAGCUAUUGCUAAAUCGAUAUCGUUUAACCCGUCUCUAUCUGGUCAACGUGCCAACCAGCUACUUGUAGCAGAUAAAAAGGGCGCAUGUCGCAUUUAUGAUUACAAGGAAUUGAUUACCACCCCUGAUGUUGGCGCGGGAGGGGCUGUUCUAGAACACGGUACUUGGCUCACGUCACUCUACACACAAUUCCAAAACCUAAAGUCCGAGUCGACCAUACCACAAACCAACGGUCCUCAUACAGGGUUUGGGAGAAAGAGUAUACUUGACGCACAGUGGGUGUCUGCGGGCAAAUCAAUCAUUGUACUUCUUGCCGACGGGGAAUGGGGUGUCUGGGAUAUUGAAGGGACCGGUGCUGCCCAAAGCGAGUCAAGGAUUUUACUGACCAAAGGUGUCAAGACUGGCUCACAAUCGGAGUUCACUUUCUCGGGGUAUAUUGAUGUGGGACUCAAAACUCGACAGCCAAAGCCGGCACAAACUACAUCCAAAUUUGCUCCCAUGACUCCAUCGACGCGGAAAUCCGUCGACAUAUUUACGAGCAAACCAUCAAAUGGUACCAUUCGAGGUCAAAUAUCAGUAUUUGAUUAUCCAUCGUCUUCUCCGACACAUCCACCAGAGCAAUCCAUUGUAUUCUGGCUCGGCGAAACUUAUACUCAGAUCUCAAGUCUUGCGAGAUACUGGGCAACCAAUAAGGAUCCUUCAAAAAAUUCCGGCAGCAUCUUCAACUGUUCCUCGACUUCAAGAAUGGUACGACUUGAGGGCGUCGAUUUGAAAGAGGAAAGAUGUUCUGGGAUUGAGCAAAUACCCAAUAGCUCGUCCACCGAUUCACCAAGCGAUUUGGUGGUGUUGGGAGAAAGCCGACUUGCGAUUGUGAUAAGCGCAAAGCAAAGCAGCAAAGAUGCAAAAGUGCUGGCCACCGCGGGUAGACUAGCAAUGGCUGAAAGGGCGUCCGCCAAUAUCGGGCCUCUAGAUGUUGUCGGUAUAGAUCAGGCACUUGCACGGAUGGAAAAUGGAAACUCGUCGGCGAGAGUGAAACUGUUUUAGGGAAUGGGAGCGGCGGAGGACGCAUCUAAUGAUUUUAUGUAGGAAUAUUCGACAGUUGGUCUGUUGUGAAGAUACCCGAGAACUAGGCGAAUAAGACGAUGUUGUUGUGGUCUCGUCUGACUAUGUGUUUGAAGUUUCGUCGUUUUUAUGGUAUCCUUUUCUACUUUCCGUUACAUG